GGAUCUGUUAUCACACUGCAGAAUACUUUCACUAAAAUGGUAAUCGCAUAUCCUCAAGGAGAUGAGUAACUACCCUAAUGAUAUUUGAUUAUAUAAAAUAACUUUGUUAGACUGAUUUGUUUGUCUGCGUACUUCCAUACAGAAAAAUUGUGGUCUUUUCAAUCCACAGUGACGUAGGGUUGUUUUUGUUGGAACUUAAUCACAACUUACCAAAACUCCAUUCUCAGUUAAAAUGGGUGCCCUUUUCUCAACUUUAUUCAAUCGUCUGAUAGGGAAAAAGGAGGCUCGUAUUUUGAUGGUUGGUCUGGAUGCUGCUGGCAAGACAACGAUCUUGUACAGGUUGAAGCUUGGAGAGGUCGUUACGACUAUCCCUACAAUUGGAUUUAAUGUUGAAACAGUGGAAUAUAAAAACAUCAGUUUCACGGUGUGGGAUGUUGGAGGUCAGGAUAAAAUUCGUCCGUUAUGGAGACAUUAUUUCCAAAACACUCAAGGCUUAAUAUUUGUGGUUGACAGUAAUGAUAGUGAACGUAUUAGGGAAGCAAAAGACGAGUUGCGUCGUAUGUUGAGUGAAGAUGAGUUGCGAGAUGCAGUUCUUUUGGUUUUCGCAAAUAAACAGGAUCUUCCACAAGCUAUGGCUGCUGCUGACAUUACAGAGAAAUUGGGGCUGCACGAAUUGCGUAAUCGUCAUUGGUAUAUUCAAGCAACAUGUGCAACUAACGGUAGCGGUUUGUUCGAGGGUUUAGAUUGGCUCACUAAUACGUUGAGUAUGAAGAAAUAAACUUAUUUUUGCAUUUCGAAUCAAAGUGCUGUGAGGCAACGGCGUUUGGCCUUUUUCUCUAACUUUAAGUGUAUGUUACUUCCCUACAGUCUGUUGUAUUUAUCUAAAAUGGUCAUUUGACGUUAUUUCCACAGUAAUGGUGGAUUGCGGCUCAUUCGUCACUUGCACUUUCUUUUUAAAUUUGUUAAUUUUUUGAUGCGGAAAAUCGUAUGGCUAACACAUUAUUUCGUAACCCAAAUAUCUGAUUGUAAAUGUGGCAAAUAAUAUGUCCAUUUUAUAGCUCGACUUAUUUUAUCGCUGGUAAAUAAAUAAGUUUCGCAUAU